CUGGCAGAAGAAGCCGUAAGUGAAUACGGGAAGUCAGACCCGCCUUCGUGGGAGUGAUGGGCAGCCUUACAUGGAAAGGGGCGGUGAAUCCGAGGCUGGGGGAGUGGCCUGGUCUCCAUUUGUUUUGCCCUUACCUGCCAGGAGCAGUGUGUGUGUGAUACACCGGCCUGGCAGUUGUGUGAGCCGCUGAGUAUGUAAAGGACGCUAUUGCCACACUUCCUGGGGUUCAGCUGCUUUACCCUCCCGGGUGAGUCACAGGGAGUUUGGGAAGGAGCCGAGCAUUGUGGGUUCCAGUCUGUCCGUGUGACUGCAUUGCGGUGACAGAAGCCAGUGUCAGGGAGCGUGUGAUGAUGCCAGCUGGGGCCGGUGUGUGUGUGCCAUAAACACUUCCUGAUUCUUCCUGUCAGCUGUGCCCAGCAUGUCUCUCCCCCUGGGCUUCCUGAUCAUCCUGGGGAUCAGCCACUUCUUGCCAGCAGCCAGGAGCCUGUCCAGUGAUGUUGUCUAUACCUCUGAAUUCUUCUCCCAGAUUCCACAGCAGCUCUCCUUUUACAACUGGUACGGGAAUGCGCGGUUAUUUCAAUUCCGGGUGCCCCCCGACACCGCUCUUCUCCGAUGGCUGCUACAGGCUUCACGGGACAAAACUCAAUGCGAGGAUGCAGAAAUUACAGUACAUUUCCGUCAUGGAGCCCCACCAGUGAUUAACCCUCUGGGCACAGCCUUUUCCCCUGCCACUCGCGUCCCUUAUUCUUUCAACAUGACGCUGACGUUUACAAAGUCGCUGAACAAUAACACCUUCCUGAAUAUCACCAACCCUCAGCCGGGGGACUGGUAUAUCGUGGCCCACCUGCCCAAAGACCCAGAAAAAAUCCAAAUCCAGGGUUUCACCAGUUCAUGCAAGUACUUUUUCCAGCCGGAUCUGUUUGUUCUUCGGGAGGUCGAUAUUCCCAUAUUACAGGCAGACACGCCCAUGCAGAAAACUUUGUCGCAGUCGGGAAACUCGGCAAGUUUCAAAAUGUUUAUACCCGAAUACACCCAGGAACUGAGGCUUCAGCUGCAGAAUUGCACCUCAGACAAUGCGAGGGGCCCUUGCCCACUGGUGAUUAGAGUGGGAUCUGUCUCUGAGCUGCCGUCUGUCCAGAGAACAAUGGACUGCAAUGAAAACCCCCAAUGUGCUCUCCUCUUACACUCCCCGCCCUGGGGAAAGUGGCUGAAUGUGCUAGUGGAGAUCUCCCAAGGGAUAAACUCCAGCGUGUCAUUUGAGAUCGUCCACAAAACCUCAGCCUGUAAACCAGGGAAAGUUGUGAGCCGCAGGUCGCUGUUUACUUUAAUAGAACAGGAACUUCUCAAAGCUGCCAAAAAUGGCUCCCAGGCUGACACCAAUGAAACCCAGUCGCUUGCUGUUGGCUCUGGCUCCUGUCUCAACAAGUUCCCCUUGGUACGAGAAGAUAUGGAUGUUGUGUCGGUCAGGUUCCAGUCCGUUAAGAGCCCGUACGUUCCAGUUUCAGCUGAAAUGCCCUCCAUUAUGCUCCUCAACCUCGAUUCCGAAAUGGAUAAUGGCGGAAUGCUGAUAGUAUCUUUGCAGCUGAACAAGACGACCAUGGGAAACUCCUCUGGAACCGUGGUUGCUUGUCUGAGUGCCGACUCCCCUGUACUGUCUCUGAACACCUCCCAGAACUGCUCAACAGCUUUUUCUCAGGGCUAUGCGUUACUAAUGAACAGCACCGUUUCAGACAUUUCACUUAAUAUCCCCUUCCCUGUGAUGGCCAAUUGGUACCUAUCUAUGCAGCUGCUUUGCCCAAUGAAUGACAGUGAAUGCCAGUCCCUAUCCCCCAGAGUACUGUUCGGUUCUGCUCUCAGCCCAUGUGAAGAUAACUGCGGGCCCAACGGACAUUGCCGGCUUCUGAGAAGAAAUGGCUACCUGUAUGCUGCCUGCAGCUGCACGGCCGGCUGGGCCGGCUGGAGCUGUACGGAUAGCAGUGAAGCACUUUCCUACCAACAGCAAUUGAUCGCCACCUUGCUGCUGACACUGAGCAACUUCAUGUUCUUGCCCACCAUCAUAGUGGCAGUUUACAAGUUCUACUUUGUGGAGGCUGCAGUGUAUGCGUACAACAUGUUCUUCUCCACCUUUUAUCACGCCUGUGACCAGCCCGGGGAGGUUGUGAUGUGCAUCAUGGACUAUGACACUUUACAGUACUGUGAUUUCUUUGGCUCCGUCGUGUCCAUUUGGGUGACCAUCCUCUGCAUGGCCAGACUGAAGAAAACUCUGAAAUAUGUCUUGUUCAUGCUGGGCACACUACUAAUUGCCCUUUCCAUGCAGCUCGAUCGAAGAGGAAUCUGGAAUAUGAUGGGACCUUGCCUCUUUGCAUUAGUUAUACUGGUAAUUGCAUGGACGUACCGUGGAGUGCGGCGCCGGCAUUGUUACCCCCCCAGCUGGAAACGCUGGCUCUUCUACUUGGUUCCAGGAAUUUCCCUGGCGCUCAUUGCCCUUGCCAUCUACGUCUUUGCACAGACCAACGCCAAUUACUUUUACACUCACAGUCUCUGGCACAUCAUGGUGGCUGGGAGUGUCGCCUUCUUGCUCCCGCCCCGAGAAAAAAAUAAAAAAAUGUGGGAUUUUAAGCAGCUGCUGGGCUGUAGGUACAAGAUCUGCCACGAUGACCGGGAGGAGUUAUUUGUGGUGACGUGAGAAUUCAAUUUCUGUUUCUUUCAGGGAGGUGAGAUGUUCUUAGACUUGAAAACGGUGCUUCUACACUACAAUCAUAGGCAAGAAUAGUAUGAACUGCUGGAAUAAAGUCCCAAAAAGGGGAGAAAUGGGUUUUUGGAAAAAAUAUGUAUAUUUUGCUGCAAUGAGGGAAGAAGGCUGCCAGAAGAGUUUACAACUAAAUCUUUAUUUUUCCAUUUUCUGACGGGGAGAAGCCAUUUUUUCCCAGCACUCCUUUGCCUUUCUAUGUGUUUUGAUCACAUUCCAUGUUCCUAAUUCUUGAGUAGACUCCAUUAAUCAACCAAAUUAUGGAGCUGCAAACAACAGCUUGGAUCACUUCUUCUCUCUAGGUUUGUCCGCUUUUCAGUAACCAUGUCUGUGAUCAAAUAAGUCCAACUUAGUGUGUUAAUUUAAUAGUUCUGUUGGGUUAAUGGCAUCAACAGAUAUGUAUAUAUGGCAACAACAUAAAAGGAGCUUUAAGAAGGGCUUCCUAUAUUUUUCAAACAGAAUCUGAUACUGGUUAUAUAAUACAGAAUAUUAUUUUAGUACAUAAAUCAAAUGCUACAGCCACUAUUUAAUGCCUACGGGCAAUAUAUUAUCUGGGGGGGGGGCUACAUGGAAAAUACUCCUCGAGGCACUUAAAGACACAGACUGUUCUCUACAAAAUCCACCCAAAUCAUUUCCCGCAAGCCAAUUGGUGCACAUAUGCUUUUGGAGCCAACUUUGAGCCUGGAUAGUUACUAAAUCGAAAUGUUAACAGUUUAAAUCAGAACUGAGCCAUAAAAGGCUUUCAGCAGAAUUUGUAAUUGCCCCGGCAUCAGAAAUGAACUCUGUUUAGGGUUUUUUUGCCCUAAAUAU